ACUUAUAUUAGCAGCACGCGAACAGCAACAAGUGUGACUGAUGAGAUCAUACACCAUACUGUUCAGAACUGAAUUUAAUUAAAUCGUCUAGAUUCAAGCGAAGUUGAUAAUAUAUUUCUGUAUUGAUUUGGGUUUGAUUUUCAAUCUAAUUCUGAUCCAAACUGAAAUCUGCUCGGAGUUUUAUCCAUAGGUGCCGUUUUGCAACUUUACAUGAGAGAUGGAAUUAUGGCCAAUUGUAGCGAUCGCGGUGCAUUCCAUCCUUAUCGUGCAAGCCAGUACAUCGGGCUUUAACAUAACAGAUGUUAGGCUGGUGGAUGGAGCAAUACCAAGCGAGGGGCGAUUAGAAGUCCUUGUACCUGAUUACUCUACUGAAUGGCAGACAGUUUCUUCAUGGGGAUUCGGUUACGAUGAAGCGUCGGUUAUUUGCAGAGAGCUCGGAUACCCAGCCGCCAAUAAUGUAGAUUCCUGGCAAUUCGGGUUCGUAGAUCACUCAAGUUUAGGAAUAGAAUGUGUUAAGGAUGAAGACAGCAUUGCCGAGUGCUCUGCACAUCCCGAUUACGUUAGCUUUUUUACUUCAGAAGUGAUAUGCUACGAGAGAGGAUAUCUUGGAUGUUACCCUCGUGAUUUACCGGAGUUAACUGAUGUUGAAGGGCCUUGGAGAAACUCUUCUGACAUACAAACCGAAGUGACGAUACCUGACUGCGUUACCUGGUGCAACCGCUCCGAAAAUGCCUAUACCUAUGCUGCGGUAUACAGAGGUGGCACUUGCCUCUGUGGGAAUGCAUCUCUGGCCAUUAAUCAGUCUGCCAGCGUUCAAGAAUCGAUGUGCAACGAGAGAUGUACCGGAAGAAGCAUCAACAACUGCGGAGGUCUUUAUCAUGUAGCUCUGUUCGAUAUCGAGACUUCUCCCGAGGCAGAUGGCACAAUAUAUGCAAAAUUCGGCACCACCGAGUCUAGUUGGAAUUUUGAUAACUCGACUCUUUACCCUGAAACAUCAUCGACGUCAUCUCUGUCUGGAAAUGUCACAUGUAAUCAGAAGACAGAAGUACAGCAUUUCAAAGAUUGUGGAUUUCUAGGAUGCUAUCCCUUCCAUUUAUCAGAGUUAACGAACCUUGAAACUCCUUUUGGAAUCACAUAUAACAUUCAAAACAUGACGAUACCAAACUGCAUUACCUGGUGUGAACGCUCUGGAAAGGCCUAUCUCUACGCUGGUGUACUUACUGGUGCCUCAUGUCUGUGUGGGAGUGCAUCCAUUUUCAUUGACCCGUCUUCUCGGGUACCUGAAACAUCGUGUAAUUCGCCAUGUAUCGGACGAAGGAGUGAAUUUUGUGGAGGUCCAUCUCACGUUGCUCUAUUUAACAUCGAGACAACCCGCACACCAUCAAUUUUGCCGGGCACUAACCCUUACCCUACCUUGAUGAUGGAAACUUGUAAUUGUAAUCGAACGACAGAAGUACAAUACUCCCAAGGAGGGCGAAUUGGUUUGAUCGUCGUAGUCGCAAUUCUUUUGCUGUAUGCACUUGUUGUUACUUUCUUACUUAUUCGACAAAGACGCAAGGGGCCAAGUUCCAUGACUAUGAAAACUGAAGAAAAGGGACAUGAUCCUUACAUGGACCUACAGCCAAGACCUGUUGGAGAUGGAACAAACUAGGACUGCUGUCAUCUCAACGACUUUGUCAAAGAGUCCAGAAAACAUCGCGUUACCGCCGAAAACACAACCUGAUUCGGUUUACGCAGUCAUGGCAGUGGCGUAAUGAGCCAAAAAUUUUGACACUUUUAAAACAAAAAAAACAAAUUUUGUGAUAGAUUUUGACAUAAUGUUCAGAAAUUAAUAUCAUAUUUCACCUUCUCUUCUUAUUUUUCUUAAUUAUUUUUUUCUUAGUCGUGAACCCCCUCCCAUAUCUCUAAGCCACUGACUCUACGAGAUUCAGAAUGUUAGAAUUCCAUCGAAACAAACAGUGGUGCUUAAAAGUUAGUGAACCACACCAGCAUGACCAGAAAUUCUUUGUAUUUAAAGUAUUCAAUUAUGGCAUUUUGAUUGUGAAGUCAACUGAUAAAAUAUAACAUUCAAUAAAGUUUUUGUUUUUCAUUACUAGUGUCGUUGCCUACAAUGAACACUCGGCGUUAAAGGACAAGUCCACCCCAAUAAAAAGUUGGUUUGAAUAAAAGGAGAAAAAUCCAACAAACACAACACUGAAAAUUUCAUCAAAAUCGGUUGUAAAAUAAUAAAGUUAUGAAAUUUUAAAGUUUUGCUUAAUUUCACAAAACAGUUAUAUGCACAUCCUGGUCGGUAUGCAAAUGAGCAGACAGAUGACGUCACCCACUCACUAUUUAUUUUGUAUUUUAUUAUAUGAAAUAUGAAAAAUUAGAAUUUUCUCCUCAUUGUCAUGUGGAACAAACUUUUAUUCCUCCCUGAGCAUGUGAAAUUACCAUUAUUUUAACAGUUUGUGGUUGAAUCAAGUUGGUCCCAAUUGUCAAAUCUGUAAAAAUUGAAAUAUUGUAUAAUUCAAACAAUAAAAAACAAAAGAAAUAGUGAGUGAGUGACAUCAUCGACUCUCUCAUUUGCAUAUGAAUGAGUUGUGCAUAUAACUGUUUUGUGAAAAAUAAGAAAAACUUAAAAAUGUCAUAACUUUCUUAUUUUACAUCCGAUUUUGAUGAAAUUUUCAGUGUUAUGUUCCUUUGAUUUUUCUACAUCCAUUCAAAUCAACAAUUUUCUGGGUUGGACUUGACCUUUAAGGAGUGCAUUUUAUGGUGGGGUUCGUUAAGUUUUGAGCACAACUUUAUUGGAAGAAAUGUAUGAAAUGGUUUCGUUGCCAAAUCAAGCAACUUUAAAGAGGAAGUUCACCCUCACGAAAAUUUAAUUAUAAAAAAUAAAAAUAGCUAUUGGUGAAAGUUUGAGAAAAAAUCAAGAAAAAAAAAACACGAAAUGUGAUUUUUUUUUAUUUGUGACGUCAUAUGCGAGCACCAUCUUUUCAUACCAUGCAGUUUACCUUAAAAAAUAGGAAAUUGUUUUAGUGGACCUUCAGUGCCCCCACCCUGGAUCCGCCAGUGCUCAUCAUGAACCAUUAAAGUUAAAAUUUAUACAUUACCAAGGAGCUUCAAACAGAAGCUCCUUGACAUAAAAUAUGGGGCAGCUUCUCGAAUAUGACGACAAAAAUCAAUAACCUAAAAUUCGUAUAGCUUUAUUUAUAAUUAUUGAUGGAUUUUCCUUAAACCAACACUAAUAUCUGUUAUUUAUUCUUUAUUCUUUAUCAUUAUUGUAAUUUUUUUUUUUGGGGGGGGGGGAUUGUACGAGUGCAACAAUCUUUUUGUCAGGGUGACUUUCCAUUUAAAAGCAUAAAAUGGGCUGUAUGGCAAACCAUUUGUGAAGUUGGAAAUGCAGUUGGAACUUUAUCCAUUCGUCAAAAUAUUUUUACCUGCGGAGUAAAAUAAUCCUGAGAAUAUAUAUAUAUCAUGCUCUUAAUCAGACAAAAAAGUCCCCUUGUAAUGUCCUGUUUUAUACAGGUCUAAUUCUCCCUCUCCUACACAAAACAAUAACAACAACAAAAACGCGGUUAUGUGUAACAUUCAAUGUAUCCACUCUUUACAGAAAUAAUAAGAAUAUCAUAGGUUAUUCAUAUUCGUUAUCAUUGGAGAAGCCCUAUCCGCAAACAAUUGUAAAGUCUUUAAAUUCUCUCCAUACAAACAUACAUGUCUCCGAGGAUAGAACAACAUUAAAGAUAUGAAAAUAAAUAUUUUGAAAGAACCUUA